AUGGACGAAGAUAGUGAAAAAGCAGAGGAGAGGCAACCGCCCGCGUUGGAAGGCAACCAUGGGGAAGGGGAAGAGAACCAUCCUGGGGACAACCCCCCAACGGACGAACGAUUCCAAUUCAACGACAACCUGUGGAAGCGCGUCAGGAAGGAGGAAUCCAAAAAGGGCAUUGUUUACCUGGCGGACGUACCAAUAGGGUUAACUGCAUCCCGGUUAAGGGAAAUAUUCAGUCACUACGGGACGGUUAACAGAAUACAUUUAAAUCGAACGAAGGAUGAAGGAGAAGAAGAAGGGAAAGGUUUCCUCUCCUCCCAUAUGAGGAAGAAGGAUGGAAAAAAUUUAGGGGAAAAAAAAAAAAAAAAAAAUGGUCAAAUAUCAAGAUGGGACAACUUCCUUUGGAGUGAAAUCACAUCGUCUGCCCUCUAUCGAAGAAUGUCCAGGAAGGACAAAUUAACCCAUGCAUUGAAGGACAUGUAUAAAGGGUAUGAGGCCUACGUGGAAAAAAAUGGAGGCUCCUAUCAUGGGAAGGUUAGGAGUGGGGGGAUCCAAAAAGGGGACCGACCACAGAACAGGAAAAAGGAGGGUCCUCAUAUGAAGAGGUCAGUUUGCCCACUCCGGUUUGUCACGGUGAAGAAGGGGGAGGAGACAAAAAAGGUUCCCCUCGAAGUUUCCCACGAAGAGCCCCCCUCCUUGCGUCGCAACAACAACGCUGUUUCUGCGGACCUGCUGAAGAUGCUCAUGUAG